UACAGACACACCAUGUUUAUUCACAUUCCAGCGCUGAACACUCAACCAUGGCGGACUCAAACAUUUUGGCAUUAUAUAUAUGGAUACUGAUGGGUAGUUUAACCACAAUAGUGAGCUCUAGGAACAUCUGGGAUCGGACACGCCUUCACAAAUCCUUAAUAGAUCAAGGAUACGACACCACAGUGUACCCAGGAUCCACUGAUUCUCCUUUGCAGGUCAGUAUCCAAUUCAGCUUGGCCGCCUUCAAUGACUUUGACGAAAACGCGGGUCGUUUUGCAGUUACCGGAUUUCUUAUCGUAGAAUGGAGGGACGAACGAAUAGCAUGGGACCCUAACGACUUUGGUCAGAUUUCCUCGAUCUUGUUCCCUCAGAGCAGGGUGUGGAUUCCAAACAUUGUUGUGUGGAAUACCUACGACAGGGUUCGUCCGUUCGGAUUCGAUACAUUACCAGUGCGAUAUAACCAUUCUGGAGAUGCCCUGUGGGAACCAGGAAACCUGUUUCAGACAAGUUGUGAUGCUCAGAUUAAAAAAUUUCCUUUCGACGAGCAAACAUGCACGAUAGAUAUUUUACCAUAUGGUUAUAUGGAAGAUGAAAUUAACAUAACAGCUGCGGGAUUUGAUCUAUCUGAUUACAACAAAAACGGAUUGUGGAAUAUAAUCUCGACAGAUAUUUCAGGAGUUCAACGAAAUUCAAGGGCCGAAAAGAAACUUAUGAUAGAGAUAAAGUUUAACAGAAGAUCCAGUUACCAUGUCAUCCAUAUUCUGGUACCGAUGUUGGUAAUGAGUAUUUUAAAUAUUCUCAUAUUUAUCAUUCCAGUAGAUGGAAGCAACCGAAUAGACUAUGCAGUGACAAUGCUGUUGACGUUGUCAGUUUUCCUCACCGUGGUGACCGAUACACUUCCGAGUGCGUCACUUCCGGACAUUUCUUACCUUUCUGUACUGGUUCUGGUUCAAAUGAUGUCAAGUUCGUUGAUGGUUGCGUGUGCAGUCGUUAGUCUUUGCCUAGGUUCACACAGCACGCUCUGCCUUCAAAUAAUGACUUCAGUUCUGAAACCUUUCAUGUGCUUUGUAACCGUACCUGAAAGUGGAAAGCCUCAACUACCAAAUCCGGACUCCAAAUUAGAAUCACCCGACAGUGGUAAUGACAAUGACUCUAACAGGAAUGAACACUUGAUGGAGACUCAGUUUAAGUCCAUUUCAAAAUUAUUUGAUUACCUUUGCAUUUUCUUCUUUUUACUGGAAGUUAUUAUUGCCAAUCUGGUUUUCUUUGUCGCAACCAACAUACCCUGAGUUCAGUAGUUUAGACAUGAUAAUACAAAUAAAGUUACUAUCGCUGGUGACUAUCAAAGUCAGGAUGUCAGGUUUGCUUCAUACAUUGCAAGGUAUUCAGGUAUUAUAUGGAUAUUCUGCUGCUUGAUUCCUUAGUCCUUGAGUUACGUCGUAACCUUGAUUGCCACAAUUACGUCGUUUGGAUGGUGGAAGGUUUCAUAAUAUACAUAUUUUAUUUGUAUUAAUUUUAAAUCAACCAGCACUCCCCCAACUCAUAUUAAGGGGCUUAACUCCCUUCUACUCUUUUGUAUAAAUAGUGGUCUAAAUAAAUUUGGAUGUCCACCCUUUUGGCCCCUGGUCUGCCUUUUAAGUCAAUGCUUAACGGCCCCUCGACAUAAGAAGGACUGUUUAGGCAUAAAGCAUCAAAAGGAACUCUUUUGUUUUACACACAUCAAGAGAUUCUUAAAAGUUAAAAUUUGCAAAAUGUGUAUAUCAAAAUUGUACAAAACGUGUAAAUGCUAUGUACUUAAUAAUGGAGAAUUUUACGAAGGGACUAUCAGAUGUUUUGCAAAGAAAAAUGUAUAUCAUGAACCUGUUUCAGAUCAAACAUGACAAUGACAUGUUCCACAUUGAAUACCGAUUAGACCUAGAAGGACGAAGCAGCUGUAUGGUGAAGUGUUAUUCAUCUUUGACAUGCUGUAUAUAUGAACAAUUUGUAUAGGUGCAAUCACAUGUUUGAGUCGUACGUUCCUCAUUUUUGUAUAGUAACAUCAUGUUGAUUUUGAAGCUUCUAAUGUCGUAUAUGAAAUAUAUAAAUGAUAUUUUCACUGAUAUUAUAAAAAUAAAACUAUACAGAUUUCCCACUCAUUUACCCAACACCCGUCAUGUGAUCGCGUUGAAACGUGCAUGUUUUACAUUGCUUAGAACAGAAUGAACCAACCACUCAAGAAGCAAGCAUCAUAUCAUGGACAGGUAUCUAUACCGUUAUAAAUAUUAAACUGGUCCUUGAUAAUAUAAAUAAUGAUUCUUUUAUAUAUUUCUGUAACGGUGUAUGGAUUGAUAAUUAUAUUCCAGAUAUGUUUUUAUUUUUAUUUUGGAUUGUAUUAGUUAGUUUACCGUAAGUGUUAAAUCGAUCUAAUAAAACGCCGGCAAAUAGGUACGUUUCUGGCUCUUUAUAUAAUUGACAGUCUGUACAAUUAAUUAUGGCCUCAGCUGUUACCGGGACAUUAAAACCAUAGUUUAUGUUAUCAUUCUCUUUGCCAAAUGAAGUGUCCCAGCCUUUCAAUAUUGCACAUUGAUUAAAAA